CAUGGCGCUGAGAGCCGCUCUGCUGAAGAGUAUCUGGUACGCCUUCACGUCCCUGGACACCGAAGACAGCGGCAAAGUGUCCAAAUCACAGCUCAAGGUUUUGUCUCAUAACCUUCACAGCGUUUUGCGGAUUCCUCACGACCCUGCGGCCCUCGAGAGACACUUCAGCGACGAUGAAGACGGUCCCGUAUCCAGUCAGGGGUACAUGCCCUACCUGAAUCAGUUCAUACUGGACAAGGUGAUGGAGGGGACGUUCGUUAAAGAGGAAGUUGACGAGCUGUGCUGGACUCUCUCUUCCAAGAAAAACUACCGUCCCGAUGCGCAGCGGGUUUUGUCCAAUCAGGACGCCAUGCGGCUCUGGUGUCUCUUCAACUUCCUAGCGGACGACAGAUAUCCUCUCACACUCGUGCCGGAGGAGGCGGAGUAUCUGCUGAGGAAGGUCAGCAGCGUGAUGCCGGUGGAGCUGACCUGCGUGGAGCUGGAGGAGUUUCUGUCGCAGGAUGGUCUGAGCGUCUGGAGCUUUCUGGACGUGGUGAACGCGGCCGGCGUGAGUCGAGGACUGGAUGGAGAGAGCAUCGGCGUGGCUGUGGAGAAGGUCUACAGGGAGAUGGUGGGCAGCGUGCUGAAGGAGGUGCGAGCAUCUCAUCUACUCACUGCAUCGUUUGAGUUUCCAUAUCAUAGAAUACCAGGAUAUAUUAAAGGCGACAGAUCGAUCCAGACGGCUCUGCGUCUCUCCGCAGAAGGCCGGGUCUCGCUGCACGAGGAGCUGAAGGAGCGGCGGCGGGAGCUGCGCGAGGAGCGGGAGAGGAGGCGCGCGCUGCGGGCGGAGGAGACGCGGAGGCUGCUGGAGCUGCAGGGGGAGCGCGAGGAGCAGCUGGCUGAGCUGGAGCUUCUGAAGGAGGCGCAGAGACAGGCUCAGGUCUCCCUGCAGCAGGAGGAGCAGAGGAGGCGCAGCCAGCACGAGGAGCUGCAGAAAACCCUGCAGAGACAGCUACAGGAGGCGCAGGAGGUGUGUGCGAAUCUUCGCGCAGAGGUGGCGGUUCGCGAUCUGGAGGCUGAACACCAGCAACGGAGAAUCAAAGAGCUGGAAGAUCUUCAUCACAGACUACAGGAAGCUCUAGAGCAGCAGAUCAGAGCGAGACAGGAAGAAGAGACCUACAGAUACACACAGACCAGGCUGCUGGCGGAGGAGGAGGAGAAGGUGAAGUCUCUGCUGGUGCUGCAGGAGGACCAGGAGGAGCAGCUCCAGCAGACCCAGCGCGAGAAGCAGGAGCUCCUGCAGGAGAUGGAGAGGAAGUCUCAGUCUCUGGACGAGGCCCAGCACCAGCUGGACAAAGUGCGGGCCAGCCGACGUAGAGUGGACCAGGACAUCGCGGCUGCGCAGCGCAAACUCCGGCAGGCCAACACGAGCGUCAAACACUGGAACGUGCAGAUGAACCGCCUGAUGCACCCCAUCGGCCCUGGAGUUUGCGAAGUCAUUGGAUCGGAGCUCAUGGUUCAUACGGCGAACAGCGACGUCUGCUGGCGGUGA